CGCAAACCAAGCCGCCAGCAUGAUCCAGCGACCACGGCGCAGCGACGACGACCUGGACAACGAGAACGACGACGACGUGCGUGAGGACGCGGCGCUGCUCGACAUCGUCGACGGCUACACACGCGCCAAGCCGCAGGUGCACCCGCUCGACGUCGAGGCCACGCUCUGCGAGAAAAUCGCGCUAUGUGUCGUCAGCUGCCUCCUCAUUGCGAUUGCAGUCGCCUGCGUCCAUGCAAUUUGGACGACCAAGCUGUGCGUCCUCAUCCGCGAUAGCCACCGCGAAGUCAAGUACCGGCGGCCCAACGAGUGCUUUGACCACGCCGAGAUCGACGGCAUGCUGCGGGGACUAGCACAGACCUUUACGACGACGCUGACGGCGCAUGGCAUCGAGUACUGGCUCGACAGCGGGACGCUCCUCGGCGCCAUCCGCACGGGCGCACUCAACCCGAACGACAUGGACCUCGACGUGGGCAUGAGCGUUGCGGCGUUCGAGACGCUUGGCGCGACGCCACUGGCUUUUCCCGAGCGCUACAAGCUCGAGAUCGUCAACAGCACGUUGUAUCCCACGAGGACGCGCGACGCCGCGCUGCCCGGCCGGUUCAUCGACAAGACGUCGGGUCUCUACCUCGAUAUCUUUGUCUUCUUGCCGUCGCUCGACGAGAAUGGCACGGCGCUCCUUGGUCCCGUGGCGUCAAGCUGCUGGCACGAGUGCGUGGCCUGCGAAGGCCGGCCCAAGCACUUUGCUGUACCGCGAGAUUGGAUCUACCCGCUCAUGCCCUGCAACUUUGAGUCGGUCCGCGCCCGCUGCCCCGUCAACGUCGAUGCGUACUUGACGCACUUGUAUGGACCUUCGUACAGGACGCGGAGCUGGGACCUCCACAAGUAUAUUCCCUAAGUCUCUAUAGUAUCGUUGCCGA